AUGAUCAUGUUUAUGCCAGCUAAAGACAGACCAGACAGUAUGAUGCUUCGCCAUGUGAAGAUCAUUCGAGUUCACCUGUUUACAUGUUUGCAAAUUGUAUGUUUUGGAAUUCUGUUAGUUAUACCAAUGGUCUAUACUACCGGUAGUCUUACUAUAUUCAAAAGCCUUGAUCAGGCUCAAAGAAUUUUCACGUACAAAUGGUUGAUUCACCUUUUCCCUCUAAUGGUACUAUGUUCAUGUUUUGCAAGGAAGGGAAUGGAGAUAUUUUUUAGAAUGGACGAACUAAGAUGGCUUGACAACCAGAACUCAGAAGAAGAAAUGAUCAAACAGGAAGACUCUGGAGAUGACCAGAGCACAGACAGGAAACUCAAUCCAACCGCUAAUAUUUCAUGGUAUCUUACACAUGACAAAACAUUUACUGGUCUUUCUAAGGAGGAUAUUGUCAAUGAUUUCCCAGUAGAAUUUCUAAGGAACUGUAGGAGUCAAUAA